AUGUCCCCCAAACUCCUCACCAUCAUCCCCGCCACCAGCCAACAAGGCCACUCGAUCCUCACCACAAUCCACACCCACCCCACCCUCUCAAAAGAAUACACCCUCCGAGGCAUAACCCGCACCGUGACCUCUCCCACCGCCCUCUCCCUCAAAAACCAAGGCAUCGAAGUCGUCUCCGCGGACCUCAACAUCCCCGAGACCCUUUCCCCCGCAAUUGCCUCCUCCCACACUGUCAUCCUCAUAACCAAUACAACCUACGCCUCUCCAGACUUUAAAUCCCUGGAACUCGCCCACACGAAAUCCGUCGCCAAGGCUUGUCUUGAAGCCGGCGUCCAGCAUAUCAUUUUCAGCAGCGCGGUUCCAGGAAAGGCUAAUUGGGAGGGACGGCCCGUGGAUGUGUUUGACUCGAAGGCCACGGCGGAGGAGUAUCUUCGGGGAUUGCCGAUGAAGGUUUCGGUGUUUUGGCCGGGGAUGUUUAUGCAGAAUUUUGAGGGGUUUAUGAAGCCGACGCUUUCUCAAGCUGGGGAGUGGGUGGUCAAUUGUGUUGUGGAUGGGGAGAAGAAGUUACCCAUGGUGGAUGCGGCGGGGGAUAUGGGAGCGUUUGUGGUGCCGUUGUUGAUGGGCGAGGAGAGGACGUAUGCGGCGAGUGGGGUGUGGUCGUUUAAUGAGAUGGUGGAGGUUAUUAGGCGGGUGUCGGGGAGGAAGGUGAGGUAUGAGAGGAUGGAUGAGGAGGUGUAUGCGGGAUUUAUGCCGGGACAGAUGGGGCCCAAGGUGGUGGAGAUGUUGAGGUUUUAUGAUGAAGUUGGGUAUUAUGGCGGGGAUGAGGAGGGGAAGGUUCGGGAGACGUUGGAGGUGGUGGAGAGGAAAGUGAGUAGUUUUGAAGAGUUUGCGGAGAGGCGGUUGAGGGAGUGGCAGUAGGGGGCAAGCAUUCGUGUCGUGCCUUGUCUGAAUGGUGCUGCUUGGAAUAAUGGGACAGAUGAGAUGAUCUUGUUACACCAUCAGGGUGGGAUGGUUGUUUCUUUGAAAUUGUUUCGUUCUUAGUUACUGUAUUUGUUUUGACUGCUUU